AUGGUGAAUACGAGUAGCAAGAUCGAAACAGGCUGUCAUGUUGUCGCCAAGGACAUGCUAUUAUGCGGGUAUUAUAUCAAGUACGUGUUGCUCGAUAAACUAAAGAACCGAAUUCACGUGAGGCAAGCCUUCUACAAUAAUAUGGGUGUGGCGAUUCUCAGAAGUAAAGCAAAUAAUCCUUUCAAUAUCAAACAACGAUCGUAUUCGACGAGUGAAGAGUCCAUCUCAUCCGCUUCCUCUGAUAAACGUUUGAACAAGAAACCAAUCAUUGAUGUUUGGUGGCUCAGCGACGACGGUGGACUAACCCUUCUUGUACCGUAUCUUCUCACUCAGCAAGGAAGCCGUCUGAAGGUGAUGUUCAACUAA